CCGCGCCCCCGCCCCGUGUCCGCACUGCAGAGAGCCGCGGCGAGCAGGCGCCGGCGCACUGGCCCACGUGCUGCGCGAGCGAGGGAGAGCCACAGUCUGAGCGAACGUUCGCGCUGGGAGCCAGGGGCGCCCGACCCCCGUCCGCCGCCGCCGCCGCCGCCGCGCAUAGCCCCCGGAGAGCCCUGUGGGGACCCCGACCAGAAGGGACCUUGCCCCAGGAGAAGGCUGUGGAGACCUGGGCCUUCUGCGAUCACCCUAGGAGUUGAUCCAGAUAUGUGCCUCACGCCCUGAUCACUGCCCCCAAAUUAGUAUCUGCAGAGAUUCGAGGACAUGCCGUUGACCUUGUUACAGGACUGGUGUCGGGGGGAGCACCUGAACACCCAGAGGUGCAUGCUCAUCCUGGGGAUCCCCGAGGACUGUGGCGAGGAUGAGUUUGAGGAGACACUCCAGGAGGCUUGCAGGCACCUGGGCAGAUACAGGGUGAUUGGCAGGAUGUUUAGGAGGGAGGAGAACGCCCAGGCGAUUCUACUGGAGCUGGCACGAGAUAUCGACUAUGCUUUGCUCCCAAGGGAAAUACCAGGAAAGGGGGGGCCCUGGGAAGUGAUUGUAAAACCCCGUAACUCAGAUGGGGAAUUUCUCAACAGACUGAACCGCUUCUUAGAGGAGGAGAGGCGGACCGUGUCAGAUAUGAAUCGAGUCCUCGGGUCGGACACCAAUUGUUCGGCUCCAAGAGUGACUAUAUCACCAGAGUUCUGGACCUGGGCCCAGACUCUGGGGGCAGCGGUGCAGCCUCUGCUAGAACAAAUGUUGUACCGAGAACUCAGAGUGUUUUCUGGGAACACCAUAUCCAUCCCAGGUGCACUGGCCUUUGAUGCCUGGCUUGAGCACACCACUGAGAUGCUGCAGAUGUGGCAGGUGCCUGAGGGGGAAAAGAGGCGGAGGCUGAUGGAAUGCUUACGGGGCCCUGCUCUCCAGGUGGUCAGUGGGCUCCGGGCCAGCAAUGCUUCCAUAACUGUGGAGGAGUGCCUGGCUGCCUUGCAGCAGGUGUUCGGACCUGUGGAGAGCCAUAAAAUUGCCCAGGUGAAGUUGUGUAAGGCCUAUCAGGAGGCAGGAGAGAAAGUAUCUAGCUUUGUGUUACGUUUGGAACCCCUGCUCCAAAGAGCUGUAGAAAACAAUGUGGUAUCACGUAGAAACGUGAAUCAGACUCGCCUGAAACGAGUCUUAAGUGGGGCCACCCUUCCUGACAAACUCCGAGAUAAGCUUAAGCUGAUGAAACAGCGAAGGAAGCCUCCUGGUUUCCUGGCCCUGGUGAAGCUCCUGCGUGAGGAGGAGGAAUGGGAGGCCACUUUAGGUCCAGAUAGGGAGAGCCUGGAGGGGCUGGAAGUAGCCCCGAGGCCACCUGCCAGGAUCACUGAGGUUGGGGCAGUACCUCUCCCUGCCUCUGGCAACAGUUUUGAUGCGAGGCCUUCCCAGGGCUACCGGCGCCGGAGGGGCAGAGGCCAACACCGAAGGGGUGGUGUGGCAAGGGCUGGCUCUCGAGGCUCAAGAAAACGGAAACGCCACACAUUCUGCUAUAGCUGUGGGGAAGACGGCCACAUCAGGGUACAGUGCAUCAACCCCUCCAACCUGCUCUUGGUAAAGCAGAAGAAACAGGCUGCAAUUGAGUCGGGAAACGGGAACUGGGCUUGGGACAAGAGCCAUCCCAAGUCCAAGGCCAAGUAGGCUCGGGAGAACAGGGCAACAUUUCCUACUACAGGCCAAGGAGACAAAAGAGAUAUUGGGAGGAGGGGAAAGAGAAGCCUAGACAAACAGCAGAUGAGUUGAGUGGGGCAGAGGGACAGGGCAGCCAGACCAAGGCCAAGCCUUCUCACUCUCUGCCAGCUGGAAGGGACUUCAGCAACCAAGACCAACUGGCAACAGGCUCAGUGGGGGUCAGGUCCAGGUCCCCAAAGAGGUGCUGGAGAGGAAAGCAGGGAGCCACUGCAUCCAGCACAUGGGGUGCCUGGGCCUCAGAUGGGGACCCCAACGAAGCAGAUGCUGAAGAAGGUGGGGCCGGGGGUUCUGUCCUGCUCAUCCAACCACCCCUAAAUACCCACCCUGUGGACUUUGAGCUGAACAUGCCCACUGGCCCCCAGGCCACAUGGGACCUGGAGGAGCCUACCUGGGGCCUGCCCUUGCCAGAAGGUGCCAGGGCUGGUGAGGAAGAGCUGGGGGGCAGAGGUAAAGCCCUGCAGGGGAGGCCACAGGGUCCAUCCCGUCUUCAGGAUCAUCUACACUGCACUAGGGGAGCCCCAGGAAGGCAGCACCCUGGAGGCCCUGUGCCAGUGAGGACAGGAGACCCUAAGGCCCUGGGAGCCCAGUGCCAGCCAGAGGUUGUGCAGGCAAGGAGACCAAAGAUUGAUGAGGAGACCCCCAGCAGGGGUACUGGGUACCCGGCAGGCCAGUGCCCUCACAGUUGGCUUGGACCAGGGUGGCUGUGAAGGGAAGUCUUUGUUGCAAAGGAGGAGGAGGAAAAGGGAGGACUUGGUGGGGUUUUGUUUCUUCUGCUUGUUUCUGUACAGGGCCACCAGACUCCUGGAGAGAUCAGGCAAGGAGAACCUGGGGCUGCCAUGGCCAAAGCAACUCAACAGAUGCCGAUGCCAAGGCCAGCCCCAACCCUGCCACCUUGGGGAAUCCAGCCUGGAGGCAUCCCCUAAGCAGCCAGCUGUGGCCUGGGUGGAGGCACCUGAAGAUGUCUGUCCCAAACUCCCCCAGCCCUGAGCUGGGAGAUGACAGGGAGAAAGAGGCCCUCUCAAGGGUGCCAGAUGCCUGGGUCUCCCAAGAGGGGUCCCCCAACUCACGGUUCCCGGGACAGGCUGCCCCCUGUUCCAGGAAGCUCAUCCUCACCUGUGUAGGCCCCUGUAGUGACCCACGCAUCCAGCAGAUGCCCACCCACUGCCGUUGUUCCCGCGCAAAGUAGUGUGCUAUGCACCCACCCAGGUGGCCGCCCCUGGGCCCGGGGCACAUGCUGUGAGCUUCCUGUGAGCCCAGGCUCUGCUGGCUGCUGUCCCGCAUCCUGGCACCACCUCUGCUUUCCCCGUGUAGAUCUAGGCCAGUGGCUGCUUGUUGUUGUGGAGCUGCGUGUGUUCUUCUCUGAGCAGCUCCUCCCCGGAGGCCCCCAGCGCAGUCCCAGGAGAUGGCGGGAAGGAAGUGCCAGGGCAAGGCGGAUGCUCACCCUGUGACCACGAUGGUGACCGUGACUGUGGGAGGAAGAACUGGGCCCAGGACGGAGUGGGGCUGCCCUGCCUGAGGCUCCCGAGGAGCUUUGUGCUUUGGUGUUCCACCCCUGUUGUUACUCGUGACUCAGUUUCCUUGACCUGCUGGGGUGUUCCCUGCUGUGUUUUCCAGUGUCCUGUGCCUGUCCUGUGAGGGCCAUAGGGCAGGGCCCUGCCCUAGCAGAUGGGCUUGGGAGGGGGCUCCCUAAAGCCAGUGGACACUGCCAGAGUCCACCGUCCUGGCAAGAGGCAGACCCUGGGGCCCUCAGGAAGGAGGGAGGUGGCAGCGGGGGCUGCAGCGGGAGUAGGAGCAGAUGAGGCGUCUUGCCAGGAACCUCAGGGGGAGGGGGCCCGGGACCUGUGUGGGACCUGUGUCCUGUAGUGGCCUUUUGCAGUUUCUCUCUGUGUUGUGAUUCCCUUCUCUUCAACGGUUUCAGUACAUGUUUCUCUUCAAUAAAUUUCAUUCAGUGUUCCA